AUGAGCAAAAUCUCUGUUUAUGUCAUCAUUAAAAACAUGUAUUUUUUGCAAUCUGGCAUUGGAAUCUUAGCCAAUGUCUCCCUCCUCUUCUUCCACGUCUUCACAAUCCAUCUGGUUCAUAGGCCAAGGCCCACUGAUAUAAUGACCUGUCACCUGGCUUUUGUUCACAUAGUUAUGCUUCUUACUACACUUGACAUUUUAUCUGAAGACAUGUUCAGGUUGCUGAAUUUUUCAAAUGAAUUCAAAUGUAAGCUUGUGCUUUACAUGAGUAGAGUGUCCAGGGAUCUCUCCAUCUCCACCACCUGUCUCCUGACCAUUGUUCAGGUCAUCACCAUCAGUCCCAGCUCCUUCUACUUGUCACGAUUUAAACGUAAACUCACAAAACAUGUUGCCAUUGCUUUCUUCUGUAUUUGGUCCCUCAACCUGUCUUCCAACAGCAACAUGAUCAUCUACACUGUAGCUCAUUCCAACAGGACCAAUUUAUUCAAUGUCAGUAAGCACUGUUCACGCUCCUCAAUGAACUCCAUCAUCAUGGCACUAUAUUUCCUGCUUGUGUUGUCCCAGAAUGUCUUCUUUGUAGGAAUGAUGCUGCUCUCCAGCAUGUACAUGGUGAUUUUCUUAUAUAGCCAUCAGAGGAAGUCUGCGUACCUUCACAGUAUCAGUAUUUCCCUAAGAAUUUCCCCAGCAAAACGGGCCACCCGUACGGUCCUACUGCUUGUAAGUUUCUUUGUGGUCAUGUACUGUGUGGAUAUCGUCAUAUCAUUCUUGUCAUCCAUAUUGUGGAGAUAUGAACCACUUGUUCUGUAUGUCCAGACACUGGUGGGAAAUGCUUAUGCCACUGUCAGUCCACUGGUGCUCAUUAGUUCAGAUAAAAGUGUAAUUGGAAUCCUGCAGAAAAUGUUGUUAUAA